AUGGAACUCAUGUCGGAUUCAGUCCUUGCCUUGUUCGCCUCCUCCACCCUCGCUGCUACGUCUUCUGCUGUUCUUUUUGCUGAUUUCCUGGCUGUGUUUAGCUGGGCCUCCUUGGCCUUCCUCGCCUUCGCUUCCCUCGCCUUAGCCGUUCUCGCCUUGGCCCUUUCGGCUUUCGAUUGGGUGCUGCUAGAGCUCUUGGCCGGCUGUGGAGGCCUCUUGGCGGCAGUUUCGGUGUUGGUGAUAGCUUCCGCGCCGGCGUCAGCUUCGGUGUUUUGGACGGUAGUCCCCUUUGCUACCAUCUGGCCUUCUCCGCUGGUGGUUUCCUCUGCCCUUGCCUGGUCUGGCUGGUUGCUGUUUGGCCCCGAUGCCUCUGGGGCAGCGAUAGCCACACUUGUCACGGGUGCGCUGGUGAGAUCUAUCACUGGCGUGGAUAUCGGCGCUUCCACCUCGGCUUCGUCGAUGGCGGUUUCCAUCUCGUCCGAUGCCUUCUCCGUCUGUCUUGGCCUCCUUCCCCCCUUCUCUUCCUCCGUCGCAUCGGUACGAAGGCUGCAGAUUCGCGAUCGUGUAGAGGGUGACAGUUCUGGUCCUCGAGGCAUAUUGAUUAGUGGUGGUUGA